GAAGCACAGCGUCUAGGAAGAAUUCUCCGAGCGAAGAAAGGUAGCUUUAUUUUUCAAUUUGGUUAUAACUUUAACCUCGACAAAAAGAAACAGAAGGAAAAUAUUUAUCUUACUUCAGGUCACUCCUUCCAUGACUCCUACUAACGGUAAACGUUACAUGUGUUUUAUAUUUUGUAGAUAUGGCUGCCGAGGAAUAUAACGCAUUCUUUUAUACGCUAGUCUCCACGGUAAGCAUAAAAACUAAAGGCCAUCUAUUAGCAUCUCACACAAAUUCAUAGGCUUUGAUCCUUGCCUGCAUUCGUUUGGGCAGAAUCUACUAGCUUUGUCUUUUUGACAUUGACAAACUCUCUUUUUAGCUGAGAACAUCGCAAGUCGUCCUCUCCUAACUACUGAGCCGGACUAUGUCAGAUAAUAUUCGAGCAAAACAUACUUAACAUUUAGUAUCUGGGGUACUGUUCUUCAAGAAAAGCUGCCCUAGCUUGCCCUUAAACGUUACACUAAAUGUAAACUUACAAAUCCUUCAGCCCGUCUAGAUAUUUUUCUUAUACCCCGGUUACACAAGUCAAGGACCAUUUGAUCCUGUAAAUAAGAAAUCUUAAUUGACAAGUUUAUUCCGGGGCCUUGUCAAGGAAACUCAUGCAAACUGAAUGGGACUUUGAUUGUCAUGAUCUUCCUUUUCUGUUGCUUUCAAUCAAGUAAUAGCGUACGUUCUCGCAUUUCCGCACAACUAUUUCUUAGUAUGCGGUACCAUGUUUUUCUACCAACAGGAUACUGAAGAAAUGUACUAUUCUUCAAAACGACAAAGGUUUCUGGUGAAUCAGGGAUACAGUUUCAAGGUGCGCUGAUCUGCGUUACAGUUCUAUUAGGUGCAAUCGCUUGUAAUUGUUCUGUUCCGUGAGUAACUGUUCUUGUUUGUGUCUAUUUUGAAGGUCAUUACAAGACUGGCUGGUAUGGAGGAGGUAAUAUUUUCCUUUCACUUAGAAAUUACAUUCGCAAACUCCUUUGCGUGUCUAUAUGUAGCCUUUGAUGGUUUUAAAUAAAUAAAACGUGAACUAGACUAAAUUUGUAAUUCAAGCGUGAAUUAGUGAAGGUCUGUUUGUUGGAACGUAAGAUAGGUUAUUAUUGCGUCAGAAAAUGUAAUUAUACUUCUUUUCCAAUCCGACGACAAGAUUUCACUGACAAUACUUUGCGUAAGAGUAGUCUUUUUAAUCCAAACAAAUGCUCAGGGCAUUUCUUAAAUUUGCUACUUUGGCGAAGGAACAAAUUCAUAGGAUAACAGUGAGGCUGCAUUGGGAUACAUGUACAACGUUCAUGUUUAAUGAUGUCCACUUAUCAAUUGAUGUCAUUGAUCAAACACUCCAUUCUUAAGCUCAAAGAUCAGUUGGUAACUGCUAACAUUUGAGCAUUCAUAUUGUCAAACAGGAGAAUUUAGAACUGGGAGACAAGAGAAAGCAACAAGAGCUACUUCAGCAGGUGUGUAUACUGUUUAAUUUGGAAAAUCUGUUAGAAAUGACCUCCUCUAACCUCUCAAAAAUAGUUUUAUGCUUAAUCCAGCUGAAGGUCUCGGGGAAUAUUUUGUUUGUUGUCUGACUAUUCACAGCCUUCUGGUGACAUCAUCUAGUGAGUGUACUCCUGAAUAUGACUGUUGAUGACAGUGUGUUUGUUUACACUCAAUCUUGUGACAUAUCUUGUAACGCUUUGCUGUGCAGGUCCUUGCUGCUAGUGACGCAGAUGCUGAUGAAGAAAGAGUCGCAUCUGAUUCAGUCAGCCGCAGCAGUUCAUCGGUGAGUGCUUUUUAUGAUGAGCGAGGGGAGCUGUGGGCCACGAGUGAGUGGAGGUACAUUCAAGCCAGGCGGGUGGCAAGAGAGAAGUAUCAUUGGAGUGGGGAGAAUUAUACAGUCGCCAUCGCCAGAGUUUUAUUAUCCGGAAAUGCAUAGUAACAAUUAAUGUCAUUAGUAUGAUGGGGCUGGGGAGUUUUAUACUUUAGGUAUGGGAUUUGCUCACUGUUAUAUGUUCAUGCUGUGAUCUGGGAGGGUAGGGUGGGUGUGCAAUCCCGUAGGAGAGAAUACAGGUGUGUGACAUCGGAGUCAGAGAUCAGAGAGUAUGGUUAUGAUUUGACAGUCCUAAGAUGUCAGUUAAUUGUGUUUGCAUUUAUAUCUAUUUUGUAAAGCUAAAUGUGGCAAACACUUCAAUUAAGUCAGUCAGCAUUUGUGACCCUGUGACAGAGUACUACUCCUUUACAAUGAGAUAUGAUCUCCCAGUGGUCUUUUUUUAUUUUAGAGCUCUUUGGUGUCUCGUCGACAAGGUUCUAUGGCGUCCAUGUCGGGAGCAGAUGACAUGAUAUACCUUGAGUACAAAAGCGGCGCUAAACAAACCAAGAACCGCCAUCCACUCUUUAAACAGUUCAGGAAGAAAUGA